UGGACGAAUGGAACGUCAGCUAGAGGAGCGCGAGUAUCGUGGAAAGACAUAUGUAUGCCAAAAGCAGAGGGUGGUCUGGGCAUAAGGCACCUUGAGGAGUUUGAGACAGUAUUUCGUCUAAAAAGAGUAUGGUCUUAUUUCUCAGCACCAGCUUCUAUUUGGGUCUCGUGGAUGAGGAAACAUAUUUUCCAGCGUACUGGGUACUGGCAGACUCCCGACUCACCUCGUUUCUCUCCAACAAUCCGUAGUAUGCUGCAAUUAAAACCCAUUGUAUCAGAACUUAUGAGAUGUACUAUUGGAGAUGGGAAUACAGCUAGUUUCUGGUAUGACCACUGGACAGAUUUGGGUCCAUUGAUUGGAGUGGCGGGUCAAACUGGUCCUCGCAGUCUAAGAAUCAGGGUUGGUGCCUCGGUGGCUAAUGCAGCGGUGGAUGGGGCUUGGAGGUUCCCUGCUGCUAGGUCUCACGAAAUUCAGAGUAUCCAAAUGGUAAUAACCUCAAUUGAACCACCGACAUCCUUGAAUGGACCAGAUUGUUACUUAUGGCGCAAGUCAGGGAACUCUUUUGGGCCUUCUUUCUCUUCCAAGAUCACAUGGGAGCAUCUACGGAUUCCUGCGCCGGUUGUGUUUUGGCACAAAGUCAUAUGGUUCAAGGAAAACAUUCCUAGAAACACGUUCAUGUCCUGGUUGGCCCUCCUACGACGGCUUCCUACAAAGGACAGACUUCGAAGAUGGGGCCUAAAUGUGACUGAACAGUGUGUACUCUGCAACUCAGCGGUGGAAACGCACCACCAUCUGUUCUUUGAAUGCAGCUUCUCCUCUGCGCUUUGGUUGACGUUUGCAUCUAAUAUUCUGCCUAACCCGCCUGAAGAUCUACACUCAGCAGCAGCUUGGAUAGCAUCUGCCAGUCGAGUACUCUGCAGCAAUCAAGUGAUCCUACUCAAGCUUUUCUUUCAGUCCAUCAUCUAUAUCAUCUGGAGAGAAAGGAACUCGCGUAUCUUCACCUCAGUGUCUUCCUCGUCGGGUGUUCUUCAUCUAGCGCUUGACAGGUUACUUCGUGACCGGCUCCUUUCAGUUCCAGCGCCAUCCCCAGCCGGCCCUUCGCUCCUUCAGCUGUAUUUUGCCUCGUUUCGGCCUCCUUGAGGUUCCUUCUUCGACUUGUUUUGUUUUGUUUUGUUGUUGUUUUGUGUUGUGUUUGUUGUUUCAUUUCGUGUAAUAAGUUGCUUGCAACAUUGUGAAAAAUUCAAAAAUGGUAUAAUAUUAACAUUUUACCAAAAAAAAAAAA